AUGCAAAAUUUGUUACAAACAGAUUAAAUGAAAUGUCCGAAACAUUAAUUACCUAGAGAAAAUUUAAAUCUAGCAAAAUUUAUUCAGGAUGAUAAAUAAUUGAUAUGUAAUUAAUGUAAUUAUUCUGAACAAAAUUAACUUAAAUUAGUUGUUUUGGAAGAGUUCUUAAAUAAAUUCAAUAAUCAGAUAAAUAUGUUUAUAAAUAAAUUCAGAAUUACAAAUUUAAAUUUAAUUGUUGCUAGAAAAAUAGCUGAAUAAAUACCAAAGAUAGAAAACGAAUUAAAAGAUAUUGAAAGAAAAUUAAAAAAUAAAUAAAGCAUGAAUUAUCAGAUUUAGAAUUAUUUAAAGAAUUUAAAUUAUUAGAAUUUAAUGGGACUAUUUUAAUACCUAAAAAAUAAUGAUAUAGAAGAAUAAAAGAUAAAGUAAAUGAAAAGUAUGCUAGAGAAAGAAAUAUUACAAGAAGAGAAUUGUAAUGAAGCUUUGAAUAUUCUGAUAAAGGCAAAUAAUGAAGUUAAUACUAUUUUAAAAUAAGAGGCAUUUAUACUCUUUAAUCCACCAUCAAAAGCAAUUGAAGUUUAUUAAUUUGAUAAAUAAGUUGAAUAAGAUUUUGAUGAGACAGUUUAAGUUUAUGAUAUUCAAAUGAAUAAUACUGGAUCAUUUUUAGCUAUAGGUAGUAAUAAAAUAGAGUCUGAUUGUUAUGCUUAAAUUUGGGAAAUUGAUGGAGGAGUCUUGAGAAAAAGUUGUUUACUCAAAGGUCAUAAUAGAGAGGUAAAAACAUUAUUUUUUAAUGAUGAAGAUGUUUUAUUUACUGGUAGUGUUGAUUCAACUAUUAAAAUUUGGGUAAAAAAAAAGAAUGCUAAAAUAUGGGAUUUAUAUUAAACUUUAGAAGGUCAUUCUUUAGCAGUUAAUUGUAUUUAAUUAUGUUAUGGUAAUCAGAAUUAUUUUGCAUCAGGUAGUGAAGAAUUAAUAAUUUGGAAAUAGGAUAUUUAAAAAGAUGGAUAAUGGGUUUAAGAUUCAAGUUUUAAAAAUAAUACAAGAAUUAUAUAAGCUUUAAGUUUUUGUGAAAAUGGAAAUAUAUUGAUGGUAGGAAGUGAUGAUCGUUUAAUUUAGAUAAUUGAAUUUGCAUAUAAUAAAUGGUCAUUUAAACAUAAAAUAGUAUAAGAAAAUAAAAUUAUGUAAGUAGUUUAAACUUAUAAAAUGGAUUUUAUUACAUUUUAAAUUGAUGGUUAAUAUACAAGCUGGAGUUUUGAGAGUAUUAAUAAUAAUUUAACAUGGAAAUAGAAAAAAGGUAAUUUAGAAGGUUAAAUUAUAAAAUUAAGUUUUUCUUUAGCUAAAAAACUUUUAGGUGUUUCAUAUUAGGAUAGAAAAAUUAAAUUAUUUUAAAUUUAACCUGAUGGAACAUUAUUAGAGAAAAUGCUUGAUAAUCUUGAAGGAGAUCUUAUUAUAAUGUCAUAUUUAUCACCCCCUAAACAAGAAUAAAUUACAGGUGCAUUAAAAGUUUAAAAAUAAUCAAAGUUUGCUAAAAUUUAAAAAAAUAAAUUGCAAGUUUUUUAUGAGAGAAGAGGUAAUACUUGA